UACUAGCGCCUAUUCGUUAUAUUUCUUGGACUACCAUUCUUACUAUUGCGCCCGUUGAAGCUCGGCGUACUGGCAAAACAGAACGAGACAGAACAGGGCACAAAACCAGCGACACAAUCACGCCGAGUGCGACGACAAGCCAUGGCGUCAAAUCAGUCGUCGACAAAUCCCACUGCUCUGUCCGACCCUCUCGACCUGUUCGAUUUCUCCGAAUACGACGCGGGGACGUAUUCCUCGCCCUCGCUGUCCCCCAGUGCCGCCAACAAAUCCCAGUUCGUCCGGACGCCGACGGCGGUGACGGCAACGACGCCGUCGACGCUGCCGGCCGGUCAGGUGCUGUCUGGCCCUAGCCAUCAGUACGACCAGUACAAGCAACAGACCCCCUUCGUACCCGGAGCCGUCGCAAAUACGAUGGCUAUCAACCGGAACAACGCCCAGAUCACCGGUUACGAUUUGGAGUACGCGCCCUACAACUUCUCUCAGACCGACGACGUCUUCAACUUCUCGCCACAGUCCCUGAGCACGGCCGACAUGGACCUCGACUUUGACCCGCAGGCGGAGUCGUCCUUCCUCUUCCCUGACCAGACCAUCAACCCCAAUGCGAUCGGCGCUCCCGACUCUCAGGUGGUAGCAGGCAGUCUCCGUCAGCCAGGCAAUGCGGGGAGGAUGUACCCCGGAAUACACCAGCAAACCGCGAUGGAGAGGGCCCGACAGCAGCAAAUAGUGCGAGGACAAAAUCUGAAGGUGAAACAGCCUCGGCCGAAGCCUCCCGCUGACCCUAUCGUCGAACAUAAGAUCACUCAGGUGCUGAACCACAUGCGGGCACAGUGUGCGAGUCCGAGCGAUGGUGGGGACGGGUCUCCCGUUACACAAGUUCCGAGGGCGAAAAAGGACGAAGACGACAUGGACGAGGACGAGAGACUUCUCGCGAGCGAGGAGGGCAAGAAGCUAAGCAGCAAGGAGAGGCGCCAGUUGCGCAACAAGGUCUCCGCAAGGGCCUUCCGAUCCAGAAGAAAGGAAUACAUCACCCAACUCGAAGCCGAGAUCGCGAACAAGGUGACCGAAAACGGCGAGCUCAGGUCACAGAACCGCGCGCUUGCUGAGGAGAACAGGCGUUUGGGCGACUUUACUCGCAUGCUCCUGUCCUCUCCGUCAUUCUCCGGCUUCCUAGAUCACUUGAGUGCCAACCCCGCCGCCCUGCCGCAGUCGCAGCUGCAGCCUCCGCAACCUGAACAGCGGCUGUCCGACGCUCGUCAGAGGCCGAAGGAUGUGCAUGCUUUCGCCACCAGCCAGCCGGCCGAGCAGCCUCACACCAUCGGAAUGGUCAUGCUUCCGGAACAGAGCAUGGAGUGGAGGUCGCUGAACCUCGGCCCCGACCACUUUAACUAUCAACCCCAGGUGUUCACUAUUCUCGAGACACUUGAUCUUCCGGCCGUCGACACGGAGGCGCUAGCGGGCAAGUCUACAAACUUUGUAGGCGAGCUGGUCGCGUCCGGCAUCGAGAAGACGGAAGCUCCCGUCCUCGUGUCCCCGGUGCUUCCAUUGGCCGACGCUGCCGCAACACCCGAUGAGCCGACCUCGUCGGAGAGCCCUGCCUCUGAUCUCGAUGGGGACAUUUACGAGGAACCCGAGACUGCCUCUUCGAAGCCGGCUGAUCUCAACACGGACAGCUUAAUUGCCGUUGAUAUCUUUGGCGAUGUCGAACCCGAGAAGGCGUUCGCCAGGUACGAGCUGGUGGAAUCCGAAGGCGAGGAUAUCGUCACCAGCAUCGCCGCGAGGAGGGUCGACCGCCUCAUGGCCAGCAUAGAGCCCUUAUUAGCGAGGCUGGAACGGCUCACCGUCGGGCUGUAGCUUCGCAGCUGUUCGACACUAUGAAAUAAAAAAAAUUUAGAUAGGAAAAAAAAAAAGCGACACGCAUAUACCGAAGUUUAGGUCUACACUGGGUCAGGUUAUAUUGGAUUGGGGAUUGGGCGGCGUUUCAGGUUUUCUGGGAGACAAACUCGAAGGAGCAGAAGAAUAAAAUGGACGGCAGAACAU